AUGAGUCCUCGCGAGACAUCAAAGAAAGCUCAAGAACAGUACCCUCCAGCACCAUCCGUCGAGGUCGAUGAUGCUGCAGUCGAGAACGACAAUACCGAGGGAUUUCGUCAAGACACCAUCGACGCAUACUUAGCCUACGAACGAAUGGCAGGGUUGCGUCUGGAUAACGAGGAAGAAGAGAAUACGAAUGACGCCAGUCCCGAUGAUUCAGAAUCCACUGCUGAGGGGUAUGAGCACAGUGAGCGUUAUGAGCUACCAUCACUGCCUUCAAUACAAUUCCGUUCUGUAGCGGUUGGGCCACCACAGCGUCCACAGGCUCCGCGUCAGUACAGCGCAGUCCCUAUACCACCGCCUCCCACCAUCAUCUUGAAAAACGUCUCGCACACCGCCCCAGUCAUCUCGCUACCCGUGACUGAAGCCGAAGCUUGGUCUCAGUUCCUUGGAAGGGCUCCUAGAGAUUUCGUCCCACGUCGUCCACAUUACUGUCAACCAGGACAUGCCUCCACCAAUGGCUACUUUGACAGCUUGUACCCGAGAGGCGCCGUAUCAGAUGGCUACUCCUAUAGUCGCAGUGCUGGAGGUGUAGGUCAUAUUACGCGUCCUCAUCACACGAUGCCAGCGAGGAACCGUGGACCGAACGGACGAGUUCCGAUUGCUAUGCCACGUGCUGUCGAUAGGGAUCUGGCUCUUCGAGAGGAACCAAUUGAGCUAUUCGAAAUGUGGGCCGAUACUUUUAGCAGGAGUAGAAGGAUUGAGGAAGACGUAGCGACCUUGAGAGAAAGACUUCGCCUGCUGCAUCAGUUUUACUAUAGGCCGUAG